AUGCCUCUCGAGAUCCUGCCGCGGGCGCAUUGGCUCAGUCGCGUGCGCUCAUGUCUGCGCCUGCUGAUAAUCGUCCUGAGCGGCGCCGUGGUGUUUAUGUUGAUGCACACCCUGGGCAUCUAUAGGGGGAACAGGUACCUGGAGCUGCGCAAAGGCGAGAUCCCCAUGGUCUGGCCCGCACACACGAAUCUUGCGCCUACGAUUAUCUUGGUUGCAGUCGCGGGAGCCAAUUUCCUUGCUUCGGUGGCCAUCUUGUCGCUGAGCUUCAAGCGCUCGUUUCGCCGCCCUAUUCGCUCGAGGGAUCUGUACCGCAUUGUUGUAGGAAGCUUUGGGGUUGUGCUUUGGGCUGCUGCGCUUGUUGUCUUCCACCUGCUCGACAAGGCGAGCAAAGCCAGCUUAGGGCGGUACUCGUGCAAGAACCAGGCCCAGAUGACCAACGGACGGUACCAGUACCGCGCUGUUUGCGAGGAGCAGAAUGUUGCAUUCUACACCGCAAUAGGCGCCGCCUCCGCCGAGCUCCUGACACUCAUCUCCCUCGCCGCCUCUGCGAUCAGAUCAAUGCGAGAAGAACCACCGCUCCCCAUAAUCCAGAUACACGAGAAGAAGGACUCGAACCAUCUCAGUUCAGGCUGGAAACCCUCCAGACCGAAGACGUGGAUACAAUAG